UCCACAUAAUAAUUCACUGGUAGAGACAAAAUAAGCUAUAAAUGUAACACUGUUAUAGAUGUAAUUCAAUAUUCCAAUCCAUCUAUUUCAACUAAAAAAAUGAACCUAUAGCUAUUUAUAUAAGUAUUUCAGAACAACAUAUAAGUAUAACAGAACUGAAGACCGAAUGGAACUAAGAUUAAGAAGGCGACUCAAGCAAGACGAAUUGGAUGUACCUGAGUAGAAUACAGAUUUGAAUGAUCAAUACAUGGAUUAGAUACUAUAAACUUCAUUAUGUUUAAUUAUAAGAAAAAUAAGAACAAAACCCAACAGAGCAUUAGUCGGGAAUCAGUGGAUAGUUCAGGGGCAUCAAGUAAUGAAAAUUUAUCGAGUAGCAAGGAUGUUAAGGACGCUAAUGGGAAGAUUCUGCAUCGUAAAAUUCACUUCAAAGUUUCUUAUAUAGGACAGGUUCAGGAAAUCAAUACAUUGAAUUCUAAAAAACGGGAUGCAGAAGCCCAACUUGUUGAUCGAAUAGAAGAAGCACAAAUCGAAGGAAAAUUGCCGAUUUCAACAAAAGACUCGGAUGAAGUCAACAUUCACAUCAGUCGCCAUGGUAUCAAAGUUCUAGAUGUGAACGGACAAGAUGUAUUACAAAGGCAUCCAUUACACACGAUUUGCCAACUUGUGAAUUAUGAAGAUGGUUUUGGCCGACAGAAUUUAGCGUUAAAGAUUGGACAAGUAGGCAAGACCGUUUAUCAGUGUUAUGUGUUUCAGUGUCAUUCUGAAGAACAAGCUAAAUCAAUCUGCAUGUGUGUGAAGCAGAUAUUUGAUGCUAUAGCUAAAAUAUAGCUGUGGUAAGCUACAGUGCUUGAUUUUGGAUCAAUAGGAACAAUGCCUAACAUACUGAGAAGAAAAAGAAUGCAUACAACAUGGACUUACUUAAAAUUUCUACAUAAUUGACUCACAGGCCUCAUUCAAAUAUUUAUUUUCAAAUGUUUUUUCAAGUCUAUUCAAACAUUUUCUUUAGUAGCCUAUCCAUUGAUGGUAAUCAACUGUUAAUACAUGUAGAUGUACUUGGUAGUUAAAUCAACUGUUAAUGUACUGGAAGUUAAAUCAACUGUUAAUGUACUGGUAGUUAAAUCAACUGUUAAUGUACUGGUAGUUAAAUCGACUGUUACUGUACCGGUAGUUCAAUCGACUGUUAAUGUACUGGUAGAUAAAUCAACUGUUAAUGUACUGGUAGUUAAAUCAAUUGUUAUUCCAGUAGUUAAACAACUGUUAAUGUACCAGUAGUUAAAUCAACUGUUAAUGUACCGGUAGUUAAAUCAGCUGUUAAUAUACUGGUAGUUAAAUCAACUGUUAAUGUACUGGUAGUUAAAUCAGCUGUUAAUGUACUGGUAGUUAAAUCAGCUGGUACUGGUAGUUAAAUCAACCGGUACUGGUAGUUAAAUCAACUGUUAAUGUACCUGUAGUUAAAUCAACUGUUAAUGUACUGGUAGUUAAAUCAACUGGUACUGGUAGUUAAAUCAACUGUUAAUGUACCUGUAGUUAAAUCAACUAAUAUUCAUAAAUAAUAAACAAACAGAUAAAGAUAAAAUGAUUUGAAAGAUUCACAAUUUCUAAAAUUGCACCAAUAGCAAGUAAAAAAUUGGACAUUUGAAGUGAAUCGAAUAUUCAAGUAGCAAUCAAAUAAUGACUUACAAUACCUGAAAAAUAAAUGAAAAAUUUCAAGUGACCACUAUAACAUACCUGUACAUUGAGGCUGGACACUUGAAGAAAUAAAUAAAGUGAAUUGAAUUUACUCUGAGAUUAGAUUCCAAUAAUACAAUAUUGCUUUCA